AUGCGCUCGAGCAACAAAACCAAAUACACCCUCACAGUUGGCUUCACCGCAAGUGUCUGGUCGCCAUGGUACGAAGCCCAAAGGAGCGACGCUAUGCGCCUGGGUGCCAUGAUGGCCGUCGAUCGCAUCAACAACAGCACGUCGCUCAUGCGAGACGCGAGCAUCCAGCUGGCUGUGGCAGAGGCAGACAUGAACUGGGGCAAAUCGGCAGUCUCUGUCAUUGAUCUCAACAAAGCCGGAAACUUGGCUCUCAUCAUCGGAGACGUGACAAGCGCGAUGAAUAUCCACUCUGCGGCAGUCAGCUCCUAUUACGGCUUCUUGGGAAGCCAGAUACCUCAUGUGUGCAUUCUUUGCGCCGACGCAUCUCUGUCGGAUUCCGCCAACUACGGCACUUUCUUUCGAAUGAUGUCAAUGGGUGUUCCGAGGGAGCUUAUAGCCGUGGCCUACCAUAUGGGAUGGAGGCAUAUAUCGAUCCUGUACACGGUCGACGCAAUGUCACUCUCGUCGCUGAACAUGGCUCUCGAAGCGGCAGGCACCUACAACAUGACCAUUCUCACGACCCAAGCCAUCCAGUUCUCCCCAUCCGUCAAUACAUCGAACGGACCGGAGGUCAUAGCCACACUCUCGCCCGUAUACGAGAUAUUGAAGAAUCUCCAAACCAGAAUCAUCGUGCUAAUAUCCUCCAUAUUAACCACGGACGACAUUUACUUCAGCGCAGCAUAUUGCGGUCUUGCCGGUCCUGGAUAUGUCUGGAUCACCUUCAACACUAUUGGAAUGAUACCCAUUGAUCAAAUCAUCGAAAAGUAUGGCGCAGCAGCCUGGCAGACAGCUAUGCAUAACAUUAUUCUUCCCAACUACUCUCCGGUUAGCGUUCGCAGUAACGAUCAACAGUCGCAAGAGUACGACAUCGUCCUCAGCCACUACGAUUUCUAUGUACAAUACAAGACGGGAUUCGGAACCACCGCAUAUGGUGACUACUAUGCAAACAACAACACGAACGUCCCUUUCAUGAAUGUCUUGAGCGCAUAUGAUGCGACCAUGGCGAUUCUGCUCACAUGGGACAGGAUCCUGAACGAAACUGGAUUCGAGGCCAAUGCCAUCUACAACGGCUCCUUAACUGGGAGCUGCUCGCCCCAAGCUGUCACGGACACCAAAUACGUCGGCUGUCUGGAUCUGAUUGCCUUUGACGCCGACCACAAUCUCGUCGCCGGUAUACAGUGGUACCAGAAUGCCUCCGGCUACCAAAUCAUCAAUUCAGUGUUCUCCAACGGGGUCAUUCCAAGCGAUUCGCCAAACUAUACACUAGAUCAGCUCCUCUACGGCGAUCCCAUGGCCACGUUUAUCUUGGUGAUAUACACUGUGGCAUUGGCUGCAGUUGCGGCAUCCAUGCUCGUGAUUCUCAGAAACCCAGGGCAUCCGUCGAUCAAGCCGCGAAGCCCACUGUUCAACACCAUUUUGAUGAUCGGCGAGAUUCAGUUCUUGGUUUCUGGCCUCCUAGAGAUGCUGCAUCCAUCUCCGCUGACAUGCGUCGCUCAGCCAUGGCUACUGAGUAUCGGACUCUGCAUGAUGCUUUCUGGUAUCCUUGUCAAAACGUACCGGAUAUGGAGAAUAUUUGACAACAAAAAGUUCAAGGAGCGAGUCAUUCCGGAUUCCUUGCUGUUGAACGCCACGUUUGCCAUCACAUCUACAAUGGUGAUCUUGCUUAUCGGCUGGACCGUUGCCAAUCCGGUUUCCGUCAGCGUUGUUCACACCUUGCAAACCGAGUACAUCAGCUGCAGCUACCUCUCGUCCGACAACGUAUUUUGGUGGAGCACGUCCCCCAUAAUUACCGCAAACGGACUGCUGCUUCUGGCCACGGCCAUUCUGGCACACAAGACAAGAAGCGUUCCAACCCAAUACGGAGAGUCCCUUCACAUGGGAAUCGCUGUCUACAAUGCCUUGAUCUGCACCAUGCUCUGCAUCGCCCAGAUAUACUCCAGUAACAACCUCGUGCGGACCAAAACGAUUACCCGGCUGAUUAUCCAGCUUGUCGGUGUCGCUGUCUUUCAUAGCGUGAUGGUUGCACCCGUCAUCAAGUCUUUUCUGGCGAGCAAGCUCGAUAAGGCCGCGAGCAACGAUUCGCGGUUCAAGGAGAGCGGCGUGAAUCAAAUCGAGCCCUCUGUACCGACAUACGAGUCCGAAAAGGGAGGCAGCCUUAUCCAUACAUUUUGCUGGAAGAAAGAGUCGCAGAUAUUCUCCCGCUGGUCUCCGAUCAGGAUCAGCUAUAUCCGAGGCAGAGACUCGUGUCUUGUCUUCACCGAGCCUGGCCCGCCGAAACUGGGGAUAUCUGUUCCAGUGUCGCUGGUGUUUUCGAUCGAGCGGCUCGAGAAAGAGCCUUCGUGCUUCCGGAUUGCCUGGCCGGAUGAGUCGUAUCUGAUCGAGACGGGCGACGAGAAGCUGGCAUCACAGUGGAUUCUGUUGGUCAACAGUGACAUUGUGCAGCUGGGUGGAACUGCAGCCUCUCCCGUCAGAAUGAAGACAAUUGGGGGAGCAGUGUAA